GAUUGGCAGGCGAGCGGGCGAGCGAGCGGGGAGACGCUGCGGGCGGUUUGAAGCGGAAACCAUCGAGGCGACGGUGGCGGUGGCGGUGAUGCUGCUGCUGAUGAUGAUGAUGCACAGGAGCGGGUGAAAGCAGCCGGACUGUGCUGCUACAGGAGCGGGAGCGUAAACAUAGUGCAUAGAAGCGAGGAGACGACCCAGGAGGAAAGGAGAGUGUGAUGCAUAGGAGCGGGUAGCGCCGGAGCCGCACGGAUCAGACCGCUGUGCAGUGCAGUGGAGCGGGUCGAGUCGCGCCGUAGCGGACCGGAUCAGCCUGUAGCCGCGCACAAGGCUGGGAAGACCGGGUUGGACGCUCACGGGCUGGGCUGGGCUGGGCCGGGCCGGACCAGACCGCGGUGCGCUGGAGCAGGGUCGGAGCCGAGCAGCGGCCGAGCUUUGCGUGGGUCGGACCGGGACGUGGUGGGCCGCGGAUGGCGGGAGGAUGGCGAAAGGAGAGCCUGUGGAAGACGCUUUUGGUUCUUGGCUUCACGCCGCCAGGAGAUAAGCUGCGAACGGCGAAGCGCCCCGUCUUUGGCGCAUCAAUCCAAGAGUGUUGGUAUGUUACUCGCUCCAGCAGGCCCCUUGUUUUGUACAGCCACGAGUAACUGCAGAUGCUGGAAACUGAAGCAUUAAAUAACUAACCAAAGGAAUAUGUUUGACAGACCAAAUGUGGAAGCGUUCCAAAUUGUUGUGUACUAUUUGUUCUUGCAAUUGGACCAGACACGUGCCAAUUUUGUCUUCAGAGAUUGUUGGCCCAUUUAUGAUAAGAAAGGUGCUGCGUCCUUCAGAAGAGCCUGUUGUGAAUGGAUGAAGAAAAUUGCUGAUGAUGUUGGAAAUGGUUUUCCUCAAGUGGUGGCUUCUUUAUUUCUUUCUCCAGGAGGCCCUAAAUUUAGCAAUCUGAUGUAUGCUUAUGCAAUAUAUGUGCUCACACAGAAGUUAAAAAAACAAAUUGAAAAGAGUGACUCGUGCCACAAGACAGUGGUAGGAAAAUCACAAGAUCUACAUUUGGCAGCUGUGAAGUGUUGUAUUGAGCGAAACCAGUUUUCAGAAGGGAUUCAAAAAGAAGCUUUCGUUGUUCAAGAAUAUAAAAGAAGGGAGUUAUUACUUGUUAAUGAAAAUCAAGCCUUGAGGAAACAACAUAAAGAAAUGAAAGAUGCAAUGGAAAAAUCUGCUAAUGGCUUCGCAAAAGAACAUUAUCCAGAAAUGAAAGAGCUACGCCAGAUGUGGAACACAGUAAUGGAUGCAAUUAUGGAGUUGGAAAAAGAAAGAGAAAUUAUUGAUUCCAUAAUGGAGGGACGUGUAGACCUGGACAUACUUGAUGGAACAGAUGUAGCCUUAAAAGUCUCAAGAUCACUAUUAAAUAAGAUUGAAAAUGAAGGUGCUCAGAUUGAUGACCUGUACAAAGCUGGUGAACUGAAUCUUGUAGCGAUAAUCCAGCUGUGCUAUUGGUCUCUCAGACUUCUUAAUGACCAGCGCAAUGAAGCAGGUUCAGCAGAAUUGGAACAAAAUCUUUCGUUGGAAAAGCUUGCAAAAUCAUUGAAAACUGAACUAAUUGAAAUGAAAGAAAAAAGCCAGAAGAUAACAGAGGAAGUGUUCCCCUCUAUCCAGCAAUCAAUAGCUGAAAUGGAAAGUGCGUGGGACAUGAAAUGGGAACAGUAUUCAAAUAACACUGUUUUUUCCCAAAUGAGAAAAAAAUAUCCUGUCCUUGAUCUUCUCCCAACCAUGCCAACUUUAUCUUUUGUGCCUGUUUCAGAAGAAGCUUAUAAAAGCAGUAUAUUUUAUUUGCACUCUGCAACAUUUUCAGAUUUAGAAGAACAAUGCACAAAAGGUUCUGGAAGAGAUGACAAUGGGAUCAGUAGCAUUUCAAUAACUUCCAAUGAUCCAAGCACAUCAGAACACCAGUGUUCAGAGAGUUUCAACCCUCCCAUCAGAAAUACAAAUGGACAAAUAAAUUCUACUUGUCUUGGAGAUGAAUCAAUUGAAAUACCGCUGGUAACUAAACAACCUCAUGAAAGUAGAUUGCAGACUCCAUGCGUGGAUGAAAUAGAAACUUGGCAGACGCACGAAGAACGAAGUCCAUUACUUUUAAAUAAACCUAAAGAGAGUUACUCUAAAGGAAAUGAACCACAUCAAAAGACAUCUGACCAGUUGGCAGAAGCAGUAGCAGAUAACAUUACAAACGAUUCACCUGGAGGAUUCCAAAGCCAAGAUCUGGUCGAAGAAGGCGAUAAUUUCUCAUGGACCACCAAUCCUUUUAUUGUUCAGAGUGAGCUACUAAGAACACCUGAAAACUUGAAGGAUUGGGGUAGGAAGAUGGAUGGCGAGGCACAGUUGGCGACGGUUGCCGUGACUCGUCACAGCGGGGAUCUCUGGUGUCACAACGGGAACCCGUCAGCCACGACUGCGCAGUUGGGGGCUAUGGUUACAGAUAUUAGAAACACCUGGAGAUGUGCAGUUCAGGAAUCUGAGCAUGAGCAAAUGAAACAGCAGGAGAAUAUAUCAACACAGCCAAACUAUGCAAAUGACCAAUUUCAGUUGGAACCUGAGAAAUCACCACUUGCAGCAUAUAUGAAGGUGUCCAGAUCUUGUGAGAAUGCUCCUCCAGAUACGUCUGUGCUUCAGUGUGCUGAAAUUGAUCAAGUGGAAACCUGGAGUAAGACACUGUUUAGUCCUGAUGUUAAGUCAGCUAGUUCAAAUUGCCAUUCCAUCAGAAAUGAAAAGUGGAAUAACUGUAGGGAACCAGAAAUACGUUGCUCAGAUGUUGGAUCUGAAGAUGAGGAUUGUUACUUCAAUGGUAAAGCUAGAAGUAAUGAUGCAAAUGGUUUGUUGACAGGAAAAUUUCUCUCCCCAGUUUCUUCUCAAGUUUUCUGUUCUAGUGAAGAUUAUGGCAAAACAAAUUCUAUAAGCCUAUUCGACAAUGUAAUGGAUGAUGAACUUAGUCACUCUCUACAAUUUUUGCCUCUUGAAAAAUUAAAACCACCAUCUCCAAUUAAAAAGGAAAAAUUGUCAAAAAGUUUCAUUUUGGAAAUGUGCAAAAACAAUGAUACUUUGGAGAAUUCCAGGCUCUAUACAUCCUUUGAUGGUGAAUGUAACUCGGAUAGUACUUUACCAUGGAAUCAGUCACAGAAUGUGAUUACUACUACAAAUGAUUCAUUGAAGCCGCCAAGGUAUGGAAUUUUGCAUGAGACUAUUCCUGAUGUCCUUGGCAAUGACAGUUUGAAUAGCACCAGAAGUCCCAGUGUUGAUCAGCCAGAUGAUCCUCACUUGGACAUGACAGACUUGCGGAAUAGAAUGGAGGAAUUGCGAAAGAGGAGUGUGGCUGUUUUCACGUGUGGUGUAAGUGAAAAGAAAAUAUUAGUUGAAAAUAUGGGACAUUCUCAUUUCCAGAAUAAUACUGACAAUAAAGAUCAAUGCAAGUUGGAACUUACUUGCAAAAUAGACUGCAUGGAUGAUGAAGUUGUCAAUACUGACAAACUGUUUACCCAAGAAUCAAUAUCGAUGAAAGCUCUUAUCUCUUUGGAAACUCAAAAACCUGGUUUAAAUCCUAUUUCUUUGAGCAGCUCUUCAGUGAAUGUUAUGGAACUUCAAGAUGUUUUUGACUCUUCUCUGCUCAGUUCUACCACAAAUGAAGUGCCUCAAAUGGCAUAUCUUGCCCAGUCUGAAGCAUCCUCUGUCAGCAUUGAUGGAGUGGGACAACUAAUAACGUUUUAAUGGGGACUAACUACGGUAGUGGAAUCAAAUCCACCCCAGAGUGAAAGUCUGCAAACCUUGACACAUUGAUGCCUGCUUUUCGACAACAACCAACCAUCUUUGAAAUUUGGAAUAAGACAUUUUGAGUGUAAAAUUAGUUCCACUGUACAUUUCACCAUGUUUAACCUAACCGUAGACAAAUUUUCUUAUUUGUGGUAAAUCAAAAAUUUAAAUUUACUAUGGCGUAAGCAAAGUAUUGUAUAGAUUUGUUUCCAUAGAUUUAUUGUAUAGAAGUAUUUAUAAAACAGUUGCAUUUUUUUUUAAAGAACUGUAAAAGUCAAACUUGGAUUGAUUAAAUUCAUCUUAUUUCAACUAAUCUCUUCUGCAAAAGCUAUCAGAUGUUUAGGAUAAAUUCGACCUUUGAAAUUCUACAGGCAUGUCUGGCAGAUUUGGGAUAUCCAGUAACUUUGUUUAUGAAUUUUUUUGAUUAGACUCUGGAAAUAUAGUAAUGGUUGUAUCUAUCCCAUUCUUAAUUUAACCAAGGACAAGUGACUGCAAAUGCUGGGUCAAAAAUGAUGGUUGGUCGAGCAACAUGUGAAGGAUGGGGGAUGGGGGGGGGGGGGGGGGGGGGGACGACACCUUCCACCCCCACUAUGUCUGCUCCCUCGUAUCACAUCAUCAUCCCCCCUCAGUUCGAUAAUCCCUCAGCUUUCCUCGGCCCUUGUCACCUAUUAACCUCUGUCUCAACCCACCCCUCUCCUCUUUAUAUCAGCUCUCACCCCUCUCCACUCAGUGCUAUGUAGGCUUUCAGCCAGAAAACUUUACCCCCUCCCCCCCAUCCUACUUUUUUUUUAACAUAACUGGGAUUUUUUGCAGAAUCUUGAAAUAUACUAUUUACUUCAGGAUUCAUUUUCAAAAUAAAUUGUAAACCAUUUGUUACUUCAGUCUUUGUACUUUUUUUUAAAAUUUACAAUAAAGUAUUUGUAAUUGUCAA